GGGUGGGGAGAAUGGCGGGGAGGCGCCGCGCAAUGGAGCUCGUGUUCCUCGGCACUGCGGCGAAUCCAUCCCCGCGGAGGAAUUCUUCGUGUGUGCUGCUCAAAAUAGGGAAGAUUAUGCAGCUAUUCGACUGCGCCGAGGGAUCGUUCCGGCAGCUGCAGGAAUCGCGGCAUUCCGGCAGCGCGAUUGACAGGAUCUUCAUCACGCAUAUGCACGGGGAUCACGUCUGGGGACUUCCAGCAUUGCUGUGUGCUGCCAAGUUUAGAGUCAAUGCGGAGAUUUAUGGACCCCAAGGAAUUCGCGACUGGCUGCGCAUGAGCUUAAAGUCGUGCCGUGCCAAAGUUCCAUCCAAGUACAAAGUCCAUGAGCUCAUCCUUACUCAGGAAAAGAGCUUGGAACGAGUUGCGUCCUUGCAUGUCCCAGCUAAUCCUCACGACGAUGAAUUACCGGGAAAUGAUAUAAGCUGCUCUGGAGACGGUGUUUGGCAUGUACUUCAAGACGAAACGCUUGACAUCAAAGCUGGUUUGUUGACCCACAAUGUUCCCUGUUGGGGAUAUGUGCUAACAGAAGUCAAGAGCGAGGCGGAAAAAGAAAGCGCUGGCGAAACUACCAGAGGAAGCCGAAAAGUUGUGAUUCUUGGUGACACAGCCAACUCAAAAGCUCUCACCACAGCAGGCAGAGAUGCCGAUGUUGUGGUGCACGAGGCAACACUUGGUAAUUGUAACAAGGAAACUCACUCGACUCCAGAAAUGGCCGGAAGUUUUGCGAAAUCUAUUAAUGCCAAGCUGCUGGUUCUAACACAUUUGAACCGAAACGCUGGGACUUCAAAACUUCCUGCGACGGCUUAUCUUGAUCCGGCCAAGCGUGCGUUUGGAAGGGACAGCGUUGUUCUGGCAGAGGAUUUCCUCUCAUUGAGCCUAUGAUAGGCAUGGAAUCUAGCCGAGUGCGUGCUA